AUUUCUCCUCCCAUCUUGGUCUAUUAACACAAAGCUGGUUUCCCAUGAUUUGGUCUGUUCCUCUCGCAGGACUACAUUGCAUUUGUGCUGUCUCUCUGGCCCGGUGAGGACUCAUGGCCUGCUGGUGGCUACUCUUGCUAUUGUCUCUUCUUGAAGAAGCGAACAUCUCUUUCACUUUCAAUGUGGAGGUCUCGGAAUAUAGACGGUUCUCAUCAGAGGUCAGCAGUCUCUUUGGGUACAAAGUGGUGCAGUUUAAUUCCACCAGUGGACAGAGAUUGCUUAUUGGAGAUCCAGGAUCCAACAUUCUGUGUGCCUGUGACAUUAGGAAUAACUGUGUCAACAUCACACUGCCAGAUAUAGACAGCACCUCUCACCUUGGGCUGACUCUGGAAGUGGAUCCUAUGUCCAACCGUUGUCUUGUAUGUGGCUCUGCUAUUCCUCACAACUGUUUUGAGACCCAGUACACAAAUGGGGCCUGCUACAUCGUGGACUCCAGUCUCACUGUGUCCAGUAAGAGUACCCCUGGUUUUGAAGAAUGCCAGAAUGUUGAUGUGGAUCUGUGUUUCCUAAUCGAUGACUCGCACAGUGUGGGGGAACUAGAGUUUGGAGAAGUUCAGAAGUUCCUACUGAACACAAUCCAGAACCUAAAGAGCAGCACUGUACAUUUUUCUGUUGUUAUGUUUUCAACAAUCCCAAAGACAGUUUUGAACUUUACGGAUUAUCAACUUGGAAAAGCCGAAGAAAAAAUUAAGGAGAUGAAGCAUAUAGGAGGUUUUGGAUAUUUAUACAGAGCCCUCAAAUUCACACUAAACGAGAUCUUCACCCCAGAAGCAGGAGCCCGGCAGCACGCCAAGAAGGUACUUCUGCUGCUGACAGAUGGAGACGUCAAUGAUAAUAACAACGGAACAACAGAAGCUGCAGACAAACUAAAAGUCACCCGUUAUGUCAUUGGGGUCGGAAACAACUUUAAAGCUGGAGAUAUAACUGAACUGCCCUCUAAUCCAAAGGAACAUCACAUACACGAGAUAGGGGAUUUCUCACAGCUGGAGGCCAUCUUUAAAGAGAUGCAAACCAAGAUACUGGCAAUUGAGGGGGUCGCACAAGGUUCCGAUUUUACACGAGAAAUGUCUUCUGCUGGGUUGAGUGCCUUUUUUACACAGGAUCGGAGCUUCCUGGGAGAUCCGGGUAUAUUCGAUUGGUCUGGUGGGAUCCUUGGUAUCUCAGAGCAGGAAGAACUCAUUUACAUGUCUACAAAAGAAGAGGACAAGUAUGGAUAUAUGGGUUACUCUGUGAAAAUGCUCCAUACUGGGAAAGGACUGUUCUGUGUGGUGGGCUCUCCACGCCACCAGUACAUUGGACGCGUCACUGUCCUGCAGGAAGUUGCUGGGGAAAAUAAAUGGAAGAACAUUGAUACCUUACUGGGGCAACAGGUUGGUUCAUAUUUUGGAGCAGAGAUUGCAGUAUCGGACCUUAACCAAGAUGGCGUGACUGACCUGGUGCUAAUUUCUGCUCCUCAUCAUUCUGAACCUAAAUGGUCUGGACAGGUCUCUGUGUGCCGGUUCACUGAGGAGAAGCUGGAGUGUACAGUCACCCUCCGUGGAGAACCAGGUCAUCUUCAGUCUCAGUUCGGAGCUGCAGUCUCAUCACUUGGAGACCUGGAUGGAGACAACAUCACUGAGGUGGCUGUGGGAGCCCCAUAUGAGAUGGAUGGAAGAGGAGCAUUAUACAUAUAUAAAGGGGGCUCUGCUGGGCUGUCACCUCUCUAUAGCCAGAGGCUGCUUAGUCCUCCCGGAAUCCUGGGAUUUGGUCUCUCCUUCCAUGGAGUCCUGGAUAUGACAGAGGAUGGCCUGGUCGAUGUGGUUGUCGGAUCACGGGGUCAUGUCACUUUGCACAGAUCUCAGCCUGUACUCAAAGUGAGUGUGAGUGUGACUUCAAACCAGACGUACCUGCUUGUUUCCAGCCCGGAGGCGAAUGGCAGUAACCGUAACCUGACAUUACAGGCAUGUGUGCACGGCCACAUACUGACCCCCAAAUACACCGGCUCCGUGUCCGUCUCCAUCCGGUACAGACUUGUUCUGGAUCAUCACAAACCUGAGAGCCGAAUGCUCUUCACAAACAGACAGAGAGAGAUGAAUGGGACUGUAGAAAUCCAGGGGCCCGGGGCCCAGUGUCACAUGUAUACAAUAUUCCUCCAGGACUGUCAUAUGGAGGAUGUCUCUGAGUUGCAGGUGUCUCUUACAGCUUUUCCAGAGCAUGUUGACUCUCCCUGGCUUCUCGCCCCAUCCAGUAAUCUCAGUGCCACCGGCCAGAUAUCCUUUAAAAUGUGUGAAGGAGAAGAGAACUGUGAGCCGGACACAAGCAUUAAACUGAGGUGCUCCCAGCUAGUGGUGCAGGACGGUGCCUCCUUCUCCAUCUUCCUUAGUCUGCACAAUAUGUCUCUGAAGGCUUGUCAUACCAGGCUCAGCGUCGACCUUCCCGAUGGGUUGCGCUUCCACAAGGCCAAUGUGAUAGAGGCUUCUCACAGGAUCUCCCUGGUGUGUGAAGACUUCACGGAGCAGGUACUCACCUGUAAUGUCACUCACCCGUCUCUGAGGCGAGGAGUCUGGGCCAUUAUCCAGAUCACAUUCAGCAUCGUCUCCAAUGUCUCCUGGGCCGAACACAUCCUCCUGGCUGUCAACGUGACAAGCGAUGGAAAUGAAACCAGCAGCUUCACAGAAGAGGAAGUGCCCGUCCUGUAUCCAAUCCACAUCAUCAGCCGCAGUCUGGAAGAUUCCACCAAACACAUGGCGUUCAGCGGCCCGGAGACAAGUGCAGCCGCCUCCCACCGGUAUCAGAUCCAGAACUUGAGGGUCAGUGCGGUCGCUAUAAAUGUCAGUGUUUCCAUGUGGACGGAGGGUGUGAACUGGGACUUUGUCAUCUUAUCCUCUCAGAACUCCAAUGUCACCUGCCCUGAACUCCAUAAGUCUUCUGCUAAUCAGACCCACAGUGAAAAGACAGAAACCCUUGCCAACCAGACAUGGUCUUGUAUUCUGGACGCUUCUGGUGAAAUAAGUAUAAACAUCACCGGACUUCUGAAGCCGACAAACACAUGGAAGGUAGCGAGCUCGGUGAAGGUGCGCAGUGCAGUGACCGUCCAGUACAAUCAGCUCCGUUAUCACAGCGACACGGGGAACAUGUAUCAUACUGCACAGGUGGUGACAGAAGUAGAGAUCCUGGUGCUCCCAGAUUACACAGAAUACUUUGUUGGGGGCGCGGUCGGAGGGAUAAUAAUGAUGGCGCUCAUCUCCUUCCUGCUCUAUAAGUGCGGUUUUUUCAAGAGAUACAAGGACCGGAUGAUGGAGGACGUUCCAUCCAGUGACACCCAACGGCUCACUUCUCCAAAGCGAGAGACGGCUGAAGUCUCUGCUCGUCUGAUGGAGCCGCAGAAGCCACUGACAUCCAAUGUUCAAUGACUGAGCCCCUCACCAACUCCGAUGUCCCCAGUAAUGGCAGCCGGAUAACAGGUCCGCUCCACCUAGACCACUUAUGUCACAAUCUAAGACCUCCUUCUAUCUGUGGGAUCUAGAACCCCCUUAUACAUGAGAUACGCGGCCUGAUGGUUCCUGGAGCUUCUGGACUUCGAACAUUAAAC